AUGACGGAUGAGUAUCGAUAUGGGAAACAGGGUGAUCGAGAGCUUUUGAGUGGGGCUCUCUUUUCUCUUUUCUUUUACUGCCCCCCUUCCCAACCGAGUGCCAACCAGUCGUUUAGAACAAUACCAUUUAUCUCAAGCAAAACUCGAGUUAUCUGUAUCGGGGUCACAUUGGCGAAUGAGGGGUUUCAGUUGAGGCUGAGGCGCUGGCGCGAAAGUGUUUUGAUUAAGCUCGACGUGACGCGGCCUGAGAUGUGUCUAAAUCUUAUGAAACUCGUCGCGGUCAGCCUCGCUUCGUUAACUUUGCUUGCCCUUUUGACAGGAUAUAGCGGUCAAAUGACCUUUGUUCAUUUUGUGAACCUCUCAUUUCGCCGUAUCAUGCUCGUAAUCAUAGGAAUAAAGAGGAAACGGGUUCAUACUUGUCUGACACAAUCUGAGAAGGAUGAACAGACAACGCAGGAAGAUUGGAUAUGGGCUGGGACGAAAAUGUCCGUGGCUCUCUUACAGCCAGAUAGACCUACAACAUCCUCGAGGUUCAAGUCCCCUUCUUUUUGUCCAUUGGGACCCACUGGCUCUUCAUCGCAGCUUGUUCAACCCGUCGACCACGCUCAAUGA